UAGCAAUCGAGCAAGCUAGCCAAAAACGCCUUUUUCAGCGCAGCGGAGGACUGCCGCGGGCCAAAGAACGCGUUCAGAGCUCGCUCCCAGCAGCCGCCGAGCAGCGCACCCGCUUGCGCCGUCGCCGCGCCGCCGCGCCACCGGUGUUUGGCACUUGAGGCUCAGCAGCCGCAUCGGACGCGCGCGCCGACGUAGGGACGCGCCGCGCCGACGGACAGGAUGGCGGCAUGGCCAGGAAAAGUAGGCCAGGGCAUGGACGCCUCCUUCCGCGCCGCCGCGGCCCAGUACCGGCAAGCGGCCCCGAAGCUGACGCACGCGCAGCGCGUCUGCCGCCUCUACCGCAACGCCCUGAAGACCCAGAACAGCUGGGCCGUCGACCGGCAGGUCUUUAUUGCGGAGGCGGACAAGAUGCGGGCGGAGUUCGACAAGCAUGCCCAACUGGCGGCGACGUCGGUCGAGGCUCGAAAUUUACUUGAAAGGGGUGAAGAAAAACUCUUCCAGGAGUCGCACCCCGACCGCUACAUUGUGGCAUACCUGCCGGGCGGUUCCUUAUACAUGCGCAACGCGCCCUUGCCUUUGCACGUCUGCCGCGACGGCCACGUCCCGGAGGGCGAGAGCGAGACGUUCCGCAACCCCGACCUGACGCGGGUCGUCGACGGCGAGAAGUCGGCGGGCGGCCAGGUCCUCGUGGACCAGCACUCGAAGCAGAUGUACUAAUAAC